UUGAUCGGUGUUGCCGUUUGUGGGUGUUCAAUCUCCAAUCUUGAAUGGCCGACGACGGGAAGGAGGGAGGAGGAGGAGGAGAAGAGGAAAGAUCAAAGAUGCCCUCUUUUUGGCUGAGGCUGAUGAGCAAGAGGAGGACAUGGGUUUGUCUCUUUGUGUUUGUGUAUGGUCUUCUCUUCUCUUCCUCAUGGAAUCUCCUUCGAUCCAUACUCUCCUGGUACUACUCCACCAUCUCUUCGUCUUCUUCUUCUUCUUCUUCUAGGGCUUUUGGGUGGCCUGCCCUUUAUGCGUCGGUGCUCUGCGGUGCCGUGUUUGGUCUGCUUUCCAUGGUAGCAGCGCUUGCCGUUGCCGUCCCUGCUACCUUGGUAACAUGGAUCACCGUUCUUGUGUUGCUCACCUUCUGUGGGAAGCCUCGGAGGUCGCUGGUAAGUGAGGGCAGGAAGAUUACGGCCGAUAUUAUAGGGUUUGCCAUCAAGAUUGUGCUCAGAGAAGGCAACAUCGUCGCUGCCGUUUGUGCGGUUCUUGGGUACUUUGCCCUUGUGAGGAGGGCCGGAGAAGUUGUCUGAUUUUAGGUUAAGAAAUCAAAAUUUUCAGUAGGUUGUAUUAGCUUUUAAGGUUGUUCAUCUUAAUUUUGGGUCUUUGCUUCCUGUAAUUAAUGGAUCAAAAAACCUUCCUAUUUUGUUAAAUUUAUUAUGUAGUAAAUCCCAAAUCAAAUUCCCCGAAUCAAAAACUGAUCUUCUUCUUCUUCU